UUACUUCUCCACAGCUGCCUGUGCCUGGCCCAGCUGUAACACCGUUCUGAACAUCACUGGACAGAAGUGGGAGUCCUUGCUAUCUGGCUGGGACGUUCUACAUGUUGGGAAAAGAUGAACCGGCCCCGUUCCUGCAUCUCCUUUUGCUGGAUGUGUUUUGCUGCUUCUGGAAUCAGAGCUGUAGAGACAGCAAAUGGAAAGUAUGCUCAGAAACUCUUUAGCGAUCUAUUUGAAGACUACUCCAGUGCUCUGCGUCCAGUAGAAGAUACGGACGUGGUGCUGAACGUCACGCUGCAGGUCACACUUUCCCAGAUAAAGGACAUGGAUGAGAGAAAUCAGAUCCUGACAGCCUAUCUGUGGAUCCGCCAAACCUGGCACGAUGCGUACCUCACGUGGGAUCGAGACCAGUAUGACGGGCUGGACUCCAUCAGGAUUCCCAGCGAUCUGGUGUGGAGGCCCGACAUUGUCCUGUACAACAAGGCUGACGAUGAGUCUUCAGAACCAGUGAACACCAAUGUGGUCCUGCGGUAUGAUGGGCUCAUCACCUGGGACUCACCAGCCAUCACCAAAAGUUCCUGUGUGGUGGACGUUACCUAUUUCCCCUUUGACAGCCAGCAGUGCAACCUGACCUUUGGUUCCUGGACCUACAAUGGGAACCAGGUGGACAUAUUCAACGCCCUGGACAGUGGUGACCUCUCUGACUUCAUUGAAGAUGUGGAAUGGGAGGUGCAUGGUAUGCCUGCCGUGAAGAACGUCAUCUCCUACGGCUGCUGCUCGGAGCCUUACCCAGAUGUGACCUUCACUCUCCUUCUGAAGAGGAGGUCCUCAUUCUACAUCGUCAACCUCCUCAUCCCUUGCGUCCUCAUCUCAUUCCUCGCUCCGCUGAGUUUCUACCUCCCAGCAGCCUCUGGGGAGAAGGUCUCUCUGGGAGUGACCAUUCUAUUGGCCAUGACUGUAUUUCAGCUAAUGGUGGCAGAAAUCAUGCCAGCCUCAGAAAACGUCCCCCUGAUAGGGAAAUACUACAUAGCUACCAUGGCCCUGAUCACCGCCUCCACAGCUCUUACCAUCAUGGUGAUGAAUAUCCACUUCUGUGGGGCGGAGGCCCGGCCAGUGCCACCCUGGGCCAAGGUGGUCAUCCUGAAAUAUAUGUCCAGGAUCUUGUUUGUCUACGAUGUGGGUGAGAGCUGCCUUAGCCCCCGCCACAGCCAGGAGCCAGAACAAAUCACCAAGGUUUAUAGCAAACUCCCAGGGUCCAACCUGAAAACAUCCAGAAACAAAGACCUUUCCAGAAAGAAGGGAAUGAACAAACUCUUAAAGAACGACCUGGGGUACCAGGGUGGGAUCCCUCAGAAUACUGACAGUUACUGUGCACGCUAUGAAGCACUGACAAAAAAUAUUGAAUACAUUGCCAAGUGCCUCAAAGACCACAAGGCCACCAACUCCAAGGGCAGCGAGUGGAAGAAGGUCGCCAAAGUCAUAGACCGUUUCUUCAUGUGGAUUUUCUUUGCUAUGGUGUUUGUCAUGACUGUCUUGAUCAUAGCAAGAGCAGAUUAG